UCCUAGAUCCGAGCAUAUAAUGCAAUUAGCCAAUCCGAUCUCGAAGCAAAAUACCUACAAACCAGUAUCAAGCGCUAGAAAAUCCAGCUAUGCCAACGCCAUUAUUUUAAUAUAUUACAGUUUUUGGUCAAUUUUCGUUUCACCAGGGAAAUAUGCUUUCAUUGAGGCUUCAUCCCCUCGCAGACCGGGAGACAAAGCCAUCUUAAAAAUCUACGGUUCUGGCGCGGACCGCUGUUUUUUCUUUGCGUACCACAUGUCAGGCACAGGUAUCGGCAGCCUGUCUGUUUACAAACAAGAGCUUGGUAGAGGACUUCUGCCUGCUCUGCUAUGGCUCAAGAGUGGAGAUCAGGGAGCAGACUGGCAAGAGGCUGAAAUCAACAUCAAGGGAAACAGCCAGUAUAAAUUGAUGGUGGAGGCCGUUAGAAGUCAGAACUAUCGAGGAGAUAUUGCUAUUGACGAAAUUGGUUUUACCAAGGGUCUGUGUUUACAGCAAAGCCGGAAUGAGACUCAAGCGUCAGAACAAAGCAAGAGUGAGACGAGAGCGUCUUAAAUUAAAGACCAAGCAGCACAGUGGUUACAUACAAAACAAGAAAGAAUAAUCUGCUUGAGGAAGACCUGAACCGCGUGGAUGAACCACAGUACAUGACAUUUCAUUAAAUGGAAUAACGCGAACACAGUACCGUCAAGGGCUUUUUGUAAUUUUGUUAACAAAGCGGCAAUCGUUUUUUUUAGAAAAAUUCGCUUUUGUGUAGAGAACAAAAACGUACUUGAAAGAAUUUGUGGACUUUUCAUUCUUUAUACUCGCACACCCAGUUUCAAUGCGCGACUAUUGAAAAAAAUAUUAUUAUUAUUUUUAUUAUUAUUAUUAUUAUCAUUAUUAUUAAAACACCAAAUAAACUCACACCUGUUGUCAUCAUAACAAGCUGGACAUUAAAGACGCUAGUAAAUUUGGUAAAGUUACUUGGAGUCAUUCUGUUUUAUGUAUCCAAGCUGGUCUGUGAACAGAAUAGAACUUUUCCUUAACUAAUGAAAAGAAGUCGACUUGAUAAAAAUACGUGGAAUCCUUGGAGGUGUGGGGCCAGUCCACAGUUGGUAAUCUUGGAAAAACAUUUAUUCAAUUUUAAGUUAAACGUUUAGUUUUUCAGUUGUUAAAUUUUAAGUUCUACUGGACUACUUUAAUAAGAAUUUCUCUUAGUUAUGUAGUUGAGAUUGAUUUCGUUAUUUAAUAUAUAUUUAAAUUAUCGUCCGUUCCUGUGCAGGUAAGUAUUGAAGAUCCAUGCUGAAAUAAUGUUCAGAAACAAGCAGUACGGCUUAGCUUUACACUAAGUACGAUCUUUUUUCCAGCAACGUGUCUAAUCAAAGCAAGUGCUACACACCCCCUUUCACUAACUAAAGUUACUUGACAUUAGUCAGUAAAUGUACGAUCUUUUUAUGAUAGAUCAUGGAAUGCUGAAUGGUAUCGAAUUAAGCUAUAUAAUUAUCAAAUAUAUGUUUAGAAAUACUUAGAGGAGUGUUAAAACCGUUAGUUGAAUGUGAAGACCACGAGAUCAAUGAAACAGAUAGAAUUGAAACAUGUUAUUAUCUUAAAAGAUAGUCAUAAUGUAAAAUAAUAUUGGAUGUAGCACAAUUUGUACCGGGUUGUCACUUUAUGUAUUCUUUCAAUUUAAGCUGUGAGCGCUGAAUUUUAGAGUGGUAUUACUGGUUAUAUAAAAUGUUACUGGAAUAAAUUAAACAAGCUGUCAUAGCCGUAAAUUGCAGCAUUAAUUAAAACUACCAGUUCUUGAA